UGAGAGGCGCGGACAAGAACAAGUUAGCGCAUGAUUCAACCACAGCGAAGUUUACGUAGACGUAAUCAACGUUCUGUGUGUGAAAAUUGGCGCGAUACAAAGAACAUUUUCGAUAGGAAACGGCGCGCCAGGAAGACCGAAAACAUGGAAAGUGUGGAACAAUAUCGGACUGUUUCUAGUCCAAUGAAGAAAAAUCCGAAAAGAAAACGUGUAAUAGGACUUAGGGUAUCUAGUGAUUCAACUCAGGGAGGAAGAAAAUACAUGGAAGACAUGAUCUGUAUCGUUUUCGACAGAGAACAAGAAGCCGACUAUGCAUGCUUUGCUGUGUUCGAUGGACAUGGAGGGAAGGAGGCCGCAGUGUAUGCCCGUGAUCACUUGUGGCAAAAUAUCAAGAAUCAAGAUGGGUUCUUUUCCCGCGAACCAAACGCAGUUAUGUCCGCGAUUAAUGAGGCAUUUCGUGUCACUCAAGAGGGCAUGUGGAAGGAGCGAUCCUCCUGGCCAAAGACUCUUUCUGGAUAUCCCAGUACAGCAGGCUCAACCUGUAGUAUGGUCAUCAUAUGUGGGAAUGACAUGUACACAGCUCAUGUAGGAGACUCCAGAAUAGUGCUGGGAAAGAGUGAACCGAGGGGCCUCAACACCACUAACGUCUACGGCGUAACCAGCCACAAGAUAGUCACGGAGACGCUGACCGUCGAUCACAAGCCAAGCGACAUCGAGGAGAUAGAACGCAUUGAGGAAGCCGGAGGUCGGGUGCAAGACAAGGCAGGCGUGCAGAGGGUGGUCUGGUCCAGGCCUAAGCUAGACCACACUGGUCCUAUCACGAGAAAUACAGAACUGACAGAUAUACCGUUCCUGGCCGUAGCCAGAUCUUUAGGUGAUUUAUGGAGCUACAACUUCCGUAGUGGCAAGUACAUCGUCUCUCCUGAGCCCGACAUUAUGCACAGGGUCAUCGAUCCAAAAUCAGAACGGUUCCUUAUCUUAGGCAGCGAUGGUCUAUGGAACAUGGUCACAAGUGAGGCCUCGGUACAGAUUGUGGAGAAAUACGACAAGACUCGUAUUUUGCAGGGAGAGCAGUCGUCAGAAACGGUUUCACAUCAACUGGUAAAACGGGGAAUGGAUCUCUGGAACUACCAUCUCUUGAGAGCAGACAACAUCUCAGUCAUCUGCGUCUUCUUCGAGUACCCAGACGUGAUCGAUGACGAAGGUGACCAGAUCGACCUUGAUGCCGUCAAGGAGUGGCAGAACAUUGGACUCAAAGUCACGGGAGAUGGCGAUGACGAAGAGGUGGAUGAGAACGGGGACAACUUCACCAGGCCGGCGUUGAUCCGCCAUCACGCCUGCACCAAGCUGACGUCCAUGGAGAACUACAACCGUCUUUACUGUAUGUCCAACAAGGAGCGCAGGCAGUACGGGAACAUCCCGGCCCCUCAGUACAAGCGGCGCUACACGGACGGCCUCGAGCUGCCCAAGCCGAAGAAGCCUAAGCCCGAUCCGGUGGUGGAGAAGACCAACGUCGGGGAGCGUACGAAAAGCGGCGACAAGAUCUACAAGGUAAUACACACCAAGAAGUGUGGCAUCAGGGUGGAGUACACAUACGAUGUUGACAGGCAAAUGCGACGCAAGGCCGCUAAAGCCACCCCGGUCAAGGCCAAAAGGACAUUCUUGACGGCGAACGGACCCAUUGAGGUGCUGUACGAAUGUGAACCGCCCACUCCUCAGCAUGACCGGAAGAACGCCCUCUCAGCUCCGGCCAAGGGAAGCUCAUCAAGGCAAUCCCCUAGGAGAAGGCUGAGUCUAGAUGAUAGUUCUAUCUCAGGCUCGAGGUUGACCCGGUCAGCCACCAAGAGGUCAAGGGUCUUGAACAUGCAUAUGACGCGGGCGAGGAGAGCAUCAAUGAAGGGAAAACUUUCACAAAUAUAUGAUGAUAUGAAUGUGAAUGGUGCUCAAAAAGCAGUGAAAAUGAGAUGAAGUUGUAUAUCUUAAGUGGUAGACCGACAAUUCAAUGUAUUUGGAUUCAUAUCGAUGAGCAAAUGCUGCAUUGCUUGUAUAGAAAUCCUCAGCGGUGAUCAAAAGAGAGAGUUAUAAAUAUUUCUAUAAAAAAAUUUCCUUUGGACCGGAAAACCUCAUACUUACCUGUGCCUCAAAAUUGAUAUGAAAUUGAAAUUCUUUUAUGUAUGACUAAAGGUGAAUAGGUCACUGAAGUGCACGUGUUUGCAAAACUCUUCAGAAGUGAUGAAAAUUGUUUGGAAAGAAUUAUCGUCUACCUCUACGCUGAUCUUUUUAAACAGUUGUACAUGUAUAUUUUCUCAUAUUUUAUCCUCUCAGACGUGUGUGGUGUACAUAAAUGAAAUUGAAGUACGUGGUGAUAUAUUUAGCAACACGUGCUCAUAAGGCAUUCCAUACCUGUCGCAAUUAUAUGUACAUUCAAAUUAUUGAGGACCCUUUUGUAGCAUAAUGAAAUGAAUUAUUUUUCUGUAAAUAACAUUUGUAGAAAGUCCAUGGUGAAAUACGUAUUUUAUGAGGUGAGAAUAAUUCUUGGAAAUAUUUGUUACCCAUCUUGAAGGAAAAUUCAGGGAAUCUACUUUCAUUUUUAUCAGUAAAUUGUCAAUGCCUUACAGUGGAUACACGGUCAAAUUGAAUUCAAGAAUUAUCUGAUUUAUUCUUGAAAAAAAUAAUGCUUUGUAUAAAUGACAUUUUGGAAUAAUAUUCAAAGCUGAUAGUGUGUUUUUAAUGACUCUGAAUCCUAUUUCACUGUACUCGAACAUGAUAUGAACUCUAAACUAAUUUCAGCAAAUUUUACCCAUGUUGCGUCAAUGAAUUCUAUUCUAUUCAAUACAUAUUGAAGUGAAUUUUUUUGUAUACUUCCCUUUAAAUAAAUUGAUGCAAAUUUUAUGACAUUUUUAAAUGACCGGGAAUUCCUUCCAUUGAAUGUCUUCAAUUUUGUAGCCCAUUCAUAUGAAGUAUUCACUGAGCCCAAUACAUUUCCUAUAAUGAAUCAUGCAACUUGUGCAUCUUGACUUUGAUAACUUUUUUUUCCUUCCCUUUGCGGAAGACAAAUUUUGAAGGAAACAAUCAAGUCCUUUGCAUAUUUAAUCCAGUGUGUGAAAUUUGAUGUAUAUAUAAUAUAUCCCCCAUUUGUGUACUAUGAUGCAUUUUUAAAGAUACCAAAUAUUGUAUUUUAAUCUCCCAUGAAUAUCAUUCAUACACAAUGUAGUAUUGUCAAGAAAACCUUUCAUUUCUGAGCCGUAUACUUGCUCAGGAAGCUAAUUCAUUAAGCAUGUAAUGAUUCAACUCAAUCAGAAAAUCAGAAAUUCAUUGAUCUGUAUAAGAAAUAGAACAUUGGCCUCAAAGUCUCAAACUUGUAAUAUCACUGGUACUUCUCUGAGGAAUUUAAUAUCUUUACUACUUUUUCAUUUGACUUUUUCUCUAAUUCUGUAGAUUGAACACAUUUUAUAUAAUUUAUUCCUGUUUACUGUAUGUAUCCUAUGGAUGCCAGUUAUUAUUAUCACAAUUAUUGUCCAAUUUUCACUCCAUUUGUAGAAUAAUUAAUAAUGCAGGACAUUACAGACCCCAUUCCAACAGUUUUACCAAGUUUUCUGUACAUGCAUUCCUGAUUAAUGUCUAACAUGUACUUUGCAAGGAUUGAUAUUUCUCUGUAGUACUGUCUUCAUAUCGGUGACCGAUGUUUCACAAAUGUUACCUCAUAAUGAUGAUGCACAAACUACAUUUCCAAACAAAACAGUAUGUCUUCAAUUGUGUGUUGAACUUAUUAUAUAGUUCAAACAUUUGCGUUGUAUAUGAUUGAUUGUGUCAUUGUGAAUCGUGAUUGUGGUGUAUUUCAGUUUAGGGGGUUAAAUGAUGGGUCGGCCGGCACCCUCGUACCAAGGAAGUCACCUACUUUUUGUGAAACCUUGGUAGCAUCAAAGAGGACUUAGACUAUUUGUCUAUUAUGAACUCGUACAACCAGUAUAUUGAGUACAAUUACACUUAAGAGGCAUUUCCUGGCUCUAUUGGACACACAUUUGCAUCAGAAAUUUAACAUUUCCAGCUCAUGUUGAAAAGAAAAGGAAAAGAUUGGAGCGAGAGUGCCCAUCGAAAGGCUGCAAGCCAGCAACCUUUUUGCAGUUUUCUUCAUCUAUACCACAAAUUGCUGGACUAUUUUCAGAGAAGUAUACAAUUGGAUAGAUUUUUCUUAUUCUUAGUGUGCUUUCUUACAAAUAGAUCAAGAGGGGAGGAAAAACAGUAACAAAAUGUCACAUUUUGAGAAGGAAACAAGUACUGGUAUGCACAUUUUUCAUCAAAAGUAGUUGUGUUCAAAUUCGUUUUGUUCUGUCUUGUUCCUUUUUUUUUUUAAAGGGAAGAGCUUCUGUACAUUGAGGUUUCAACUCCUCAAAAGAAAUCUUGUGCAUACCCCAAAACUUGAAUUUGUGUUCACAUACAUGUACCGGUAGGUACUUGCUGGAUCAUGCUCGUGUCAGAGAAAUGUAUUGUGUAACCAAACUUACGACAUGUGUGAACAUGCUGUGUAUACAUGUACCAUAUGUGUACUAUUUACAUACCGGUAUUUGUUCUGGUAAAAUGGUUACAAUUACGGCAUGAAGGGACUUGAUUUUGUGCAGUCAACCUUUGUGGCAUUUUCUCAGAUUAAUCUCAUGAAUAUGUAUGAAGUUACUACCAUAAGUGUUUUGAAUAUUCAUUACCGGUAUGUCAGUACAAACUGAAGUAUUUGCUGUAGUGAUGUUGAUUUUCUACAUUUUUACUGAGAAUACAUUGGCAGGAACAUACAAGUAUAUUAGGUUUUGUCCAUUUUUCUCUCAAUAGUGGAAUUUGCAUGAAGAUUUUUUUUUUUUUUCUUCUUCUGUUGCUUGGUUUUUUAUGUUUUUAUCAAUAUUGGGAUAUAGUAUUUCUUAAUUUUAUUUUUUCUAUGCAAUGAUUUUGUUUAUCUAACCUUUUACCAAUAUUUUUUUAAUUUUAAAUUCUGCUUUUUAUUUGUUUGAUUUUUCAAUCAGUACAACCUUGAUAUUUUUUUGUUUCAUUGUAAGCAAUGCAGUCUUUCAAACGGCCAUUUUGUUUUGUUUGAUGCAAAAUCUUCCAAUAUUGAAUGAUUCUGAGGAAUUCCAUCCAUUUUUUUGUAGAAUGAUUAACAAAUGAUACAAUUCAUUUAAUAAUCAUCGUACUAUUUUUAUUGUAUUUUUGAAUAAUUUAGAAUU